GAUGACGUCAGAGCGGAGCAGCGUUUCCUGGUUACAGUAGAGAUAACCAGCUAGCAGCUAGCUCGCCUCCUCCUCUCUCCGCUUGUUGGUGUUCCUCCUCCGCUCAGCGGGGUUCCGCCUCGGUGUCUUUCCCCCGCCUCGGUGUCUUUCAGUCAGUGACAGACGGACGCUCACAUCAAGACGUUCACCGUUUACCCCUCCGGGAUGUCUUUCCUGGAGAAGCCGUCCCCCGGCAGGCUACUGCUGGACGACACCGUACCCCUGACGGCGGUGAUCGAAGCCAGCCAGCUCCUGCAGUCCCACACGGAGUACAUCAUCCGAGUCCAGAGGGGCGUGUCUACAGAGAAUAGCUGGCAGGUGAUUCGCCGUUACAGCGACUUUGAUGUUCUCAACACUAGCCUGAUGGUGUGUGGCAUCAGUCUCCCUCUUCCUCCCAAGAAGCUAAUCGGAAACAUGGACAGGGAGUUCAUAGCAGAGAGGCAAAGAGGAUUGCAGACCUAUCUGGACUCAAUUACCCAGCACCCCCUCCUCUCCAGCUCCCUCACUGUCAAGAAGUUCUUGGACCCCAACAACUACUCUGCGAACUACACAGAGAUUGCCCUGCAGCAGGUCUCCAUGUUCUUCAGGUCGGACCCAAAGUGGGAGGUCCUGGAGCCCCUUAAAGACAUGGGCUGGAGGAUCAGGAAGAAAUAUUUUUUAAUCAAAAACAAAGAGCAGUCCAAGGAGAGGUAUCUGCUGAGCUGGGUGGACCUGGGUCCUGAUAAGUUCCUAUCAGACAAAGACCUGCAGUCAGCCAUGAAGCUGCUAACCAGCCUCUCUACUCCGUAUCUCUGUCCACUGCUGUUCUCCAGCACCAGUGAGUCUUCAGCUCUGCUCAUCCGGCCGUUCAGUGAGAGAGGCUCUCUGAGAGACCACAUCUGUAAGGUCAAACCCAGAGAGAGUUACCUGAAGAAGUACUGUAACCCGAAGAAGAGUCAGGGCCUCGAACUGCAGCACAUCAAACUGUACGGCCGUCAGAUCCUGGAGGGCCUGAAGCUCCUCCAUGAUAGCGGAGUGUUUUUCGGUCACCUACAUGCGUCCAACGUAAUGGUGGAUGAUGGCGUGUGUCGACUGAUGGACAUAGAGAACGGCAUGCUGGGAGUUCCCUCAGCGCUGCGACCUGCCUUCACUCAGCUCAGGAAGAUCAACUCCACAGAGAGCAUCGACAUCUUCUGCUUUGGACAUUUACUGUACGAGAUGACAUACGGCCGUCCACCAGACAGUGUCCCCAUCGAUCAGUACCCCACUGUCCCCUACACUGCUGUGGUGUCAGUGCUGCAGUCCAUUCUGUCCACAGAAGCCUGUAAGAGUGGGAUGCCGACGGUGUCAGCGCUCAUGCAAACACCGCUGUUUAGUGACGUCCAUCUCCAACACUCAGAAAAACUCCAGAUCAAGGUUCCCAGCCGGCUAAAAGAGGCACUGAAGACGGCGAAGGAGAGUCUGGAGAGGAGGCUGCAGGAGGAGCAGAGAGUGCUCCACCAGCACAAGAGACUGACCAGAGCUCAGUCUCACCACGGCUCAGAGGAGGAAAAGAAGAGGAGGAAGAUUCUGGCGAGGAAGAAGUCCAGACAGUCGGCGUAUGAAAAUGAAGAAGACGUCUCUGUCAGAAACAACAAUAACUCUGGUUCUGGAGCCAGUUCUCCUCCCACAUGCCCCUCCUCUCCCACCCCCCCAUCCACCACAGGAGCUCCUCCCCCUCCUCCGCCUCCUCCCCCUCCUAUGCUGGACUCCUCCUGUCGUCGUCCUCCUCCUCCUCCUCUGUCCUCCUCUGAUGGAGUGGGAGGAGGUCGCAGCGCCUUGCUGAGCUCCAUCCAGACCUUCAGUAAGGGCAAACUGAAGAAGGCAGAGACCGUCGACCACAGCAAACCCAUCAUCUGACCCCGGCCCAACCACAACGUAGGAAAACUAUCACUAAGGCAACGCGACUCGCUGGUUCUGCACUGUGGUAUGGGCUGGUUCACAUCAUCACUUCUUGCGAUGUGAAAAGGAAUCACUAACAAACAAAAAUCCAAGUACCAUUUUAGUUUUUAUUGCUUUUCCUGCUUUUAAUUUUUUUUAAAUCUGUUGCUGUGGUUAGAGGAGUGGAGGAUAGACGGGACCUGCUGCUUCAGCAGACAGCCAGAUGGCUUUUUUUCUGCUCUUUGGUCUUGUAAAAGUGGCAGUUGAACGUUUGAAAUUUGGACUUUCGGAAGCCACUGUGGAUGCUUCAUCCCACUGGAUGAUGAGCAAACUCUGUUAUGGCGCUGUACUGAAACUAGUCCUGGAGCAUCAACCUCAAGCUUUCCCUCUUUGAAUUCAUCUCUGAACUUUGACAUGUAGCCUUCAGGCUCUACUGGGACUGUUUCACUGCAGGAUGACAGUGACAAAGAAACAACUCCAGAAAAUCAAUAGAGCUAUACUGAAAAACAGUGAUCAUCAAUAAGUUAUUUCUCUGUAUAAUUAAGUCCAAAAACAAUUUUCUUGAAAAAAGUGAAAAUUUAAAUUCCUCAGUUUAAGAAUUUUCUGGGGAUGUCUGCAUCAAAGCAGGAUAACUCAUUGCUCUAGAGUUUGAAUUACAGAUUUAUUUUCACUUGUUUUAAGAAAAUAAGACUCAAAUUUCAGACACAAAUGACUUGAUAAAGAGGGAUAUUUGUUGAAAUGCGUCCAUCUGUAAACUUAACCGCAGUCCACGUAAGAUUGUGAGACUUCCAAACAUGUGAGAGCAAACAGUUUGCACGAGUGCAACAUCAAGAACAGCACAUAAUCCUACAAAGCAGCUAAUCACAACGCUAUAAACAAAGUGUGUCUCCAUCCAUCUUUUGUUUUUUGUUUUUUUUUUGCACAUAAAGAACUGAGUGGAAACGCUGAAGAUUGCUAGAAAAUGAGUACUCUUGGCUAAAGUGCCAAGUAAAUCUGACGUACAUGAGGCAUGUGGCAGCUGAAGAAUUGGCACCACCAACUGGGUUAAUCUUGAGGCUCCCAAAUUGAUUUGCAUUUUCUUUUGCCAAUUUUCUCAAUUUAUUUGUGCUAAAUCUGGAUGAUUCGGCUAUAUCAGAUGUAAACAAUCACAAUAUAAAUUCUGGUAUCCUCAUCCUGAAUUUUUCUUUUCACUUAUGUCCUGAUCGGACUGGAGGGUACAAAACUGCUGGAAAACUGAGAUGCACAAAACUUUUCCACCGUCCCUCUCUACAGCGAAACGAUCGUCAACGUCCUGUCACUUCUGCCUCACAUUAUUAGGAGCAUACCAUCCGACGUGUGUUGAACUUUGGCUGCUAAACGUGGCAGAAAAAAAAGCAUGCAGCUUGCCACUCUGGGUACAGCUGCUCUUUGCACUUUCGGUGUGAAAGCCUGUAAGAGAUACAGAUACUAGUCAGAUGUCUGUACUGUCGCAGAUCAGAGCAACGUGGAUCUACAGCGACGAGCUCAGCUCUGAUUGUAUUUAGGGUCUGAAAUAAAUCUGAAGUAAUUUUUUCUCUCUACCAGCUUAUGUGGCAUGAGAUGAAAAGACAACAUCAUUACUGAUUUGUAAGAUUUUGAUGAUUUUGCUCCUUUGCACCAGAAUAAAACUUUAUUAUUCCACAUGCAUGACCCACACUGCUGCUUUCGCAUGUUUGGGUCCAUCAACUUCAAAUCACAUCACUGCUGAUCACAUCCUUCCAGGCAGCCGCUAGUGUCAUUCUGAAAAUCAACAGAACAGUCAACAUCUAGUUACCUUUAGUUUUACUGAACAUAAUUUAAUUCACUCAAAGUUGCUUGCAGGGUCUGUAAUGAACAAUCGUUAUAAUCGACAAUCAUUGUAAUCUGUUGAGCAGCAACUUCUCGUAAUGCAACAGAUGACCACCUUCAAUUUCUGCAUGUCAUAGCCUCCAUCUUCACUCAUUCUUCUCGCUCUGAUUCAGUUUUGUCAGCUGGUGUUUAGAUCUAACCCCUAAACAAUGAAGACUCAAAUCAGCACUCAAGGAUCUCCAAGUCAAACCUUGAGUAAUCAUGAGCCACGGUAAGGUGUAUUGAUGAAAGUACGGCCAUAAGAUUUGCAAACAGCUCGACUCAUUAACAGGAUUAUAUGUCAGAGUAUCAUUAACAGCAUCACCAAGGAAUGAUUUUGAAACAGUCCUUGCUCACAGAUGAUAAAGUAAUUUAUAUGAAAUGUAUCUCUCUGCUAAAAGUUUCACACCUUUCAUAGAAGUGACCUGAAGUUGUUGGUAGCCUGGAAAGACUGACAUCAGUCAGAGAAUGUGUGCUGAAUCUGCAGUCACUUUUAACUUUGUUCCACUGAACUCAGUUUACCGUUGAAGGUUCAUUUCAGACCCUUAUUGUGCUUAUCCCUGUUUAUUUUUUUAAUUUUUUUUUUUGCUUUUUGUUUUAAUUCUGUUGUAUUUUAAUGUUUGCUGUCAUCGCAGAGCUUAGAUAUGUUUUAUGUUAUUGUGCCAUAUGGAACUUUGUGCCUACGGGAAUCUGAAUGUCUCUUUUUUUUGUUUAAAAUAUUGUAUGUGUCAAUAUCUGUAACCACAUCGUAGAUAUAUAGAUAUAUAUAUAUAUAUAAAGCUCUGUCUGAUGAAGAUAUUAACACUUUAGCACACAGGGUGUUAUUACUGGCAGAAGAGUUUGUGUAGAUCAGAGCAACAUCCUUAAAUAAAUAACUAAUAUUUAUUUUCAAAUAUCAAAAUGUCAGAACAUAACCAGAUAUUUAAAGGCAAACUGUUUAAAGAUAUUAAGUUUACAAUGAUGUAAAGCAGCGAAUCCUGACAUUAAACAAGAUGAAACAAAGGCUUCAAAUGACCAAUCAAUUAUCAGAUUAACAGUUUUUUUUCUGCCAUUCAACUAAUCAUUAAUUAAUCAAUUAACCCUAACUACUUUUAACGAUUGAUUUGGUAUGAUCCGAAAUAAUCAAACCCUUAAAGUUUAAAUUGGGAUUAAAUGUCAGAUUCAUGGGUUUUGGUUUCCUCGUAAAUAUGUACUGUUCUUCUCUCUAUGCUGUCUAUUUAGUAGCUUUUCUGGAGCUUUUGGUUGUAUCACAUGAACUUCCUCAGUAGACUGAGUUCUGUCUUGUUGUCAUGGGAUUAUACAGAUUCAAAUUUCUAUUUUUCAUGGCGAAAGCAACUGGGCAACUCCAUUUGCUGAGGAUGAUGGUGUGAUACAAUAGAAAGCUCUGGAACAACUACUAAAUGGACCUUUGUGAAGCCUUGCAACACUCUAAAGUCACUCACUGGCUGUAGCCUUAUGUGUAGCAGACGGAUAUGAGAGAGAUAUCAAUUGUCAAAUUAUUCCUUUAAAAGUGGGUGUGAGCUACCAUGGACUCUCAGGUUAGAAACGCAACACCAUAAGUAUCUACUUUACUCGUUAACAGACAUAACAGAGGAGCAGCAGUAAGCUGUAAUUAAUCUGCACAGUUAAAGUUUUCUGUCACGCAAGUUUUGUGCCUCAGUUGUCACUUCCUGACUUUUGCAUUAAUCCUUCUCACCUGUGAUUACCUGACAUCCUGUGUGCUAAAGUGUUAGCCUCUGUGGACGGACAGAGCUGCUAUUGGAGCAGAUUGACUCCUGAUGACUCUGAUCACCACAAUCCAAGUUUCAGCACUCGGAGCGUGUUUUUAAAAGACCGCCCAAUGCUAAAAUCGUUUGUUUUUUGUUAUUCAGUGCAAUCCGGUCCAAUGUGAUGGUCUUCACGUAUUGAAUGGUCCUUAAAUUGUGUCAGAAUGUUUCUCUGCAGCACUUUACCCACGAGGGGCGGAGGACAAGUCCUGAGGUGCGUUCAGAGUCCCAGAGAUGGUGGAUGCUGGAUUAAAAGUUAAUUGGUAUAAAAAUCACUCUUCACUCUCCAGGUCAUUUACAGUUACCACACACUACAUGCAUCAAAUGUUUUGACCCAGUGUCACCCUUAGAUACAAAUGUCCUGUUUACAUUUAAUGAAUAUUAAUGUAACAUCAAAUGAAUAUUUGAUUAAAAAUUGAGUAAAAAU